GUGUUGUAAAUGUGUGAACCUCGCUCACUUUAAGUAUUUCAAAUUGAGUGUAAUAUGAUUUGUAUUUUCAGUUUUUGGAUAGGUUACUUCAAAAUUGGUGGAAUAUUCUAGAAUUAUUCAUUUUAUUUUCCUCUAUCUCCAUGCUACUACACUUCUUCUUCUUCUUCUUCUUUCAAUCUUCAUCUUCAACAUUCAAUUGUAGAAUAAUGCCAUACUAAUUAAACCCUAAUUUCGACGCACGAAUUUCGUGUUUUCAUCAAACAAUCUUCAAUUAUUUCACCACAAAUUUCGUAUUAAUGCUAACAUCCUAUAACCUUCUUCGUUCUCGUUUUCGUCGUUCUCACCAGCACUGGUUUUGUACAAUUAUUUCUCUCAAACCGGAGAAUCAACAACCACCGCCAACCACCGCAACUACCUCCUAUUCACUUCCUUCUAGACGCUUCCUUUUUAUUGGAAUUGAUGCUCGUCGAAACAUUCAUCACAGUCGUCAUUACUCUUUCCAUCGAAGUUUCUUUACAAGAGCUAAACCAGCUCAGAUAAUUGAAUUCAACGAUCGUCACAGUCAGCGAGCUGUUAAAACUGCAUUGUGGUGUAACUUUCUUGUUUUUUCACUCAAGUUUGGAGUAUGGUUUGCUUCGUCUAGCCAUGUUAUGUUAGCUGAAGUUGUGCAUUCUGUUGCUGAUUUCGCAAACCAGGCGCUACUUGCUUAUGGUCUAUCUAGCUCUAGGCGUGCACCAGAUGCUAUUCAUCCUUAUGGUUAUUCCAAGGAAAGAUUUGUUUGGUCAUUGAUAUCUGCUGUUGGGAUAUUUUGUCUUGGUUCUGGGGCUACAGUUGUUCAUGGAGUUCAAAACUUGUGGAUAGCACAGCCUCCUGAGAACAUGAAAUUAGCAGCUUUGGUGUUAUGUGGUUCAUUCCUCAUUGAAGGUGCGUCUCUUGUUGUUGCCAUUCAAGCUGUCAAGGAAGGUGCAACUGCAGAGGGAAUGAAGUUAAGAGACUAUAUUUGGCGUGGACAUGAUCCUACAUCCGUUGCAGUAAUGACAGAGGAUGGUGCUGCAGUAACUGGCCUUGCUAUUGCUGGGGCGUCAUUGGUGGCUGUGCAUUAUACCGGAAAUGCCAUUUAUGAUCCUAUAGGCUCAAUCCUGGUUGGCAACUUACUUGGAAUGGUAGCCAUAUUUCUCAUUCAGAGAAACCGACAUGCUUUGAUUGGUAGAGCUAUGGACGACCAGGAUAUGGAAAAAGUACUCAAAUUUUUAAAAAAUGAUCCGGUUGUAGAUGCUCUCUAUGAUUGCAAAAGCGAAGUUAUUGGGCCUGGAUUCUUCAGAUUUAAGGCAGAAAUAGAUUUUAAUGGAGAGAUGGUGGUACAGAAUUAUCUUGAAAGGACUGGGCGUGAGGAAUGGGCCAGACAGUUUAGUGAAGCUUCAAAGCAAAGGGAUGAUGCUGCCUUGAUGAAGAUUAUGUCAAAUUAUGGUGAGGAAGUAGUUACAGCGUUAGGAAGUGAAGUUGAUAGAUUAGAGAAGGAGAUCCAGAAUCUUGUUCCUGGUAUCCGGCAUGUCGAUAUCGAGGCCCAUAAUCCGACAGAGUGAAAAUUUUCAAUAAAUUUAAGAUCUCCUCACUCUUUCAUUUAUCUUGUCUAAGCAUUUAUGAAUAUUGAUUUGGCUUCAUCUAUUAUCAUGAGUUCUUUUUGGCAUUCUUUCUUAACGAAAUAUGAAGUUUCAAGUUGAGUCAAUAGCUCUUGAUAGAUUAUUGCAAAAAACAGUUAUUCUUUUUUGUUCCUCCUAACCUAAAUAUGUACUCAGGGUUUAUGAAACCUAUUAGUUCAACCUUGAGUGUGAAGAUGUAAAAAUCUUGUGUGAUAUAGAAAUAGCUGUGUUUGGAUUUUGUAAUAUUCUUGUCGGUUUUGCGCGAUAUGGCUGAGACUGCACUUUUGAUGUGGGAGAGUGACACUCAAUGGAGGUGACUGGCCUCAAUCCUCAAAUAUGCACAAGUCGAAGUUGUGACCUUUUUCAUGUGCUGGAAUUCCUCUCACUGGCAGCAAAUACUAGUUUUGGACUUCAUUAGAAGCAAAAGUAACUAAUUGCAUGUAUAUUUCGUACUUCUCAUUUAAUUUUGUGUGAAAAUUUGUUAUGUUGAAGGAUAUUUUGAUGAUAAUAGCUUUAAAUAGAGUAAAAUUAGUUAAA